CCGCGGUCUCCUGUUUUGUCUUGAUGCUGGGUUAACACGAACUCUAAGAAAUGUAGCAGAAACAUACAGUUAAAUACAAACCUGUAAUAUUCUCCUUUUCACAGUCAAGACUAGGUUUUGAAGCAGUAUCUUUACUGGGAUCUGCUCCUGUGAAGAUGAGGUUUGUUAAAGAGGAGAUUGAAGAGAAAACGAGUGAACCAGAAACAUGGAGAAUAAAACACGAGGAAAGAGAAGAGUUGAUUGAAGAAAAACAGAAUGACGAAUCAAGUGAAGUUGAAGAGAAAAACCGCAUCAAAACUUUCAAUAGGCCUCAGAUCAAAAAGAAAAGAAGAGCCAAGACCUCUUUCACCUGCACUCAGUGUGGAAAGAGUUUCAAGCGCAAAACAAGUCUUGAUUGUCACAUGAGAGUUCACACCGGAGAGAAACCGUUCACUUGUGAUCAGUGCGGGAAGUGCUUCACACACAAAACAAGUCUCGAACGUCACAUGAGAAUUCAUACUGGAGAAAAGCCGUUUACUUGUGACCAGUGUGGGAAGAGUUUCACGCACAAAUCGAGUAUUGAGCAUCACAUAAGAGUUCGCGCUGGAGAGAGUCCGUUCUCCUGGGACAAAUGUUGGAAGAGUUUCACGCACGUACUUGUGAUCAAUGGGAAG